UGUGCGGGGCGGUGCUUCCGCCAGCGCCGCAGCCGGGACUCCGCAGUGGGUCCGCUGGCGAUGGAGCGGGGGGCGCGCUCGCAGCUUAGGCUAUGGCUGCUGUUGCUACUCCUACCCCCUGUACCCGGCCGCCAAAAGGAGUCAGGUUCAAAAUGGAAAGUGUUUAUUGACCAAAUUAACAGGUCUUUGGAGAAUUAUGAACCAUGUUCAAGUCAAAACUGCAGCUGUUAUCAUGGUGUCAUAGAAGAGGAUCUGACUCCUUUCCGAGGUGGUAUCUCUAGGAAGAUGAUGGCAGAGGUUGUCAGACGGAAGCUGGGGACCCACUAUCAGAUCAUUCAGAAUAGAUUAUACCGAGAAAAUGACUGCAUGUUCCCCUCAAGGUGUAGUGGUGUAGAACACUUUAUUUUGGAAGUCAUUGGGCGCCUCCCUGACAUGGAGAUGGUGAUCAAUGUUCGAGAUUAUCCUCAGGUUCCUAAAUGGAUGGAACCUGCCAUUCCAAUCUUCUCCUUCAGUAAGACAUCAGAGUACCAUGAUAUCAUGUAUCCUGCAUGGACAUUUUGGGAAGGGGGACCUGCUGUUUGGCCAAUUUAUCCUACGGGUCUUGGACGGUGGGACCUCUUCAGAGAAGAUCUGGUAAGGUCAGCAGCACAGUGGCCAUGGAAAAAGAAAAAUUCCACAGCAUAUUUCCGAGGAUCAAGGACAAGUCCAGAACGAGAUCCUCUCAUUCUUCUAUCUCGGAAAAAUCCAAAACUUGUUGAUGCAGAAUACACCAAAAACCAGGCCUGGAAAUCUAUGAAAGAUACCUUGGGAAAGCCAGCUGCUAAGGACGUCCAUCUUGUGGACCACUGCAAAUACAAGUAUCUCUUUAAUUUUCGAGGUGUAGCUGCAAGUUUCCGAUUCAAACACCUCUUCCUUUGUGGUUCACUUGUUUUCCACGUUGGUGAUGAGUGGUUGGAAUUCUUCUAUCCACAGCUGAAGCCAUGGGUUCACUAUAUCCCAGUCAAAACAGACCUCUCCAAUGUCCAAGAGCUGUUGCAGUUUGUAAAAGCAAAUGAUGAUGUAGCUCAAGAAAUUGCUGAAAGGGGAAGCCAGUUUAUUAUGAACCACUUGCAGAUGGAUGACAUCACCUGUUACUGGGAGAACCUGUUGACGGAAUACUCUAAAUUCUUGUCCUAUAAUGUAACAAGAAGGAAAGGCUAUGAUCAGAUUAUUCCCAAAAUCUUGAAAACUGAACUCUAGGAGUCAUCACUGGGUCAUAGUCCUUUCUAUGGUAGCAGAUCUUGGAUAUCCUGUGGUGAGAAGCUUACCAUGAGUGUUGCACCUAUACCUUGAAUACUCUUAUCAAGCCAAUUACUUGGUUUUCCUUAUCAUGCUGCAUCCAGAAUGACUGUCAAGAAAUAUAAUACAGAUAAGAAGCAGAUCAAUGCUUUGACUGAAUAAGGACCAGAAAUCACAAGAUGUGGGCUUUGAACCCAAUUCAACCUCUCAUUUUCUUAGACCAAUCACAGCUUGUGCCUCAGAUCAUCCACAUGUGUAAAUCCAUCACUGUGAAACUGACUGAUUCAAUGGGAUGAUGGCCUUUGGCCCACUACUUGGAGCAGAAAAUUAAUCAUUUGGAACUACUGCAACUUAUCAUCACAAUUCUGCAGUUAUCCUAGGCUUGAUCUCCAUCAUUAUAUUUUAAUAGGAAUCCUUAUAAGGGUUUGUGAAAAAUACUUGGGAAUCAUUUCCUGAAAGGUUUAAGGAAGCAAUAGUCAUGCCAUGCAAUGAUAUAGGAGUUUUCUUUUGUAAAAGCAUUAACUUUGGUACUCAGGAGGUUUCUAUGAUCUAUAUAGCAAGGGGCCAGUUGUAUGAGUGAUUACUGCAACUGGAUUUCAAAUUCCCUUUUGGUGCCUUCACACCUUCUGUUUAUGUUCUCUAAAAAAAGAAAAGAAAAGACAAGACAAAAACCUUUUCAGAAUCUUAGGAAGUAGUCUCCUCUCUUUAAAGGAACUGUUUGUAAAACAGCAACUCUUCCUCACUCUUUGCAAACCCUUAGUAUUUUUCCUUAUCAAAUUGAUGUCCAUGUCUUGCCGGGACCUCAUGGGGCCUUCAUAUGCCAAAUAUCAUUAAGUUGAGAGUUUAUUCAACUUUAGCACUUACUUCUAUAGGAGAUAUUUGUGUCAAUCCAAAUCCAUGCUAGAGUACCUCCUUUUCUAUUAUCGGAAAAGACAUUUGGAUAGUAGUUUAAUCUCUCAGGGUGCUCUCCCUAACAUUGUCUCUUUCAAAGAUGAAAAAAAAUUUUUUUAUUAAAAUCAACAUAGCCCGGUAACUCAGAAUCAUCCUUGUCCCUUAGGCCCAACUUUUCCACAGAUAAAUCUACUCUUUUCCUUUGCCUCUUAAGAACUGUUUGGUAUUAACUGGUUUCAAAAUUAGUAGGCAUGACUGACAGUCAGUCAUAUAAAAUCUGGAAUUUUAUUCUAUUUGUAAGAAUUGUAUCUGGCCUUUUUAACACCCUUCUACAAAAUUUUAAGUCUAAGGAACUUCAUAAUGAGUGGAAUAUCCCUAGUAGGAUCAUUGCAUGGAAUAAGGCAGAUAUUUAAAGUUAGAUUUUUUUGUUUUUGAGCUAAAAAAUUAUGGGGACAAUGUCCUUAGGUGCUAUAAGUCUGACAAUAAGCAGUCUGGAUUUCUGAGUGGUACCAUGGUUUUGCUUUGUAACGAUGAGUCCCUAGUAUUUAGGAUCGUUUUCUUCAUAUUUUAAUUUUCCUCUCAGUAAACUAGAACAAAAUUUUCCAUCCUUUGGAUUAGGAGCUGAAUCUACAUUUUCCGUGAGUGUUUCAAGUUCUAGCUCAAGCGAUACCUUCUUUCUGAAUUCUUUCUUUCAUUCCUCUAGGCAGUUAGGGGCUAUCGUUAUACUUUUGCUCAUAUCUGUAUCAUAUGAUACCACGUUGCACUGUAGUUGACUUUCUCCUUCUGUCCUGUUAGCUUUUGAUGGGAGGGAAUCAUGUUUACUCAUCUUAUGUGUCCAUUAUCCAGUAUAGUGCCUCGCACAGAGUAGAUACUGAAGAAUUGUUGGGAGGAAAGAUGGAAGGGAGGGAGGAAAGAAGGAAGGAUAUGGUUGGCUUACCUAGAUCCUAGUUACAGACCGCCCAGCCAUUGGUUCCAAGGACUGGAUAAGCCUAAUAGAUUUGAAUCAAUGUAAAUUCUCACCUGCUUUUUGAAGAGUCAGUAAGGCAUCUUUGUAUUUAAACAUAGCAAAUGUUACUCAGAUUUUAUACGUGUUUAUUUGUUUGUCUCAGUGUAGAUAGUAUGAGGAUGGUGUGUAGCAAUAUGUAAAAUGUAUGUCUUUGAAAAUACUUUUUAACCCCAUAAUUUUUGAAGAUUGUUGUUUGAUGUUAAUGACUUGCUAGAGGGCUAAAACCCACACUUCUCUUCAAGGAAAGAGAAUGAUUUAGUUUAAUUGAAUGAAAUAAGAUACUCAACUCACACAAAUACUGUUUUUCCUUUAUUUGGGGAGUGUCAUCUAUGUGAUGUUGUCAGUACCCACACCUUAUUCUGCACUCUUCAGUUAGUUUCUCCUAGCUGCCAAGAACUGAAACUGCCUCUAGCAAAUUCAAGCAAAAAUAUUAUUAAAAAGAUGUGAGGGUGCCGCGAACCAGCGCAGCGGUAGACUUGCAGGACUGUCUCAGGAUUGAGAAACUGUGAGGAUGCUCAAGGAAUCGGCGCAUAAAUGACAGACAGACACAUAAAUGACAGACAGACACACUUCAAGAGUGAAGAUCUGAAUGUAAUUUGCUCAAAAUCAUCAUACACUUUUAUACCUUUUUUAACAAUGGAUGAUUUCAUACAAUUUAAUUCUUUCUCAGCAUAAAAUACUUUGUAAGGCAUAAGACAUUUACUUUGUUAUUUAUGUGCAUGUGAUUGCUGUUCCAUGACAUGGCACAGUAAACAAUCUCAAGGUACUGAAUCUACACAAUCAUUUUAGCUUACACCGAACAGCAUUCUUUAAGCUAGCUUUUCUUGAUUCGUAUCCCAAAACCACAAUGAUCAAAAACAUUGAUAUUUACCUACUGGCACCUUCUACUUUUAGUGAUCACGAGCAAUAUAUUCUCUACGUAAGCAUUUUGAUUUUUAUGGUGUUGUCUCAUGUGAGAAGUAUUAUGAUUAUUAUAAAACUACUAUUGCCACACGCUAUUUUCUUUAUCAUGCAUUUCCUGAAACUGAUUGUACACAUAUAAAGAAAAAGCAAAGUAAGUGAAAAAGUAGUAUGAUUAUAGACAGGUUGCUAGGUUGCUACUUAUUCUGAAACAAUGGCUAUCUGAUUAAUGGUAAAACUGCUUUGUAGGUAAUUCCAUCAGGCUUGUUUGCAGGUGACGUUCUUAGCAGCCUUGUUUCCAUCAAAGGAGGGGUUAAUUACUGCGGGCUUGUUGCCUAAAUUAGGCUUAUAGGCAUGUAGACCUUGUUUGAUCUGAACGCCAAAGUUUAUCAUAAUGAAGCCCCUCGGGGACUGCGCCUGUCUUAGGUCGUCAGGAGUCACAGACAUGAGGCUGGCCAGUGCCUUCUUUAGUCUGCCCCCGAUCUUACCCGUCAUUGACU